AAAGACGUUUACCCAGUUCCAAUACGACAACCUUUUGUUGUCAAUGCUCUAAUUGAUAACACAAAUGGCCUCUUGGAUGACUUGACUGGAGACGUGAAAAUGUCGCUAUGGACCGGUCGCUGGAUGGAAUUGCCGAACUUUGGAUUUUUGAAUGGGCUGCUCGAGUGCGGUGCAGGAAUUAAAUGCCCGGUGGAAUCAGGCAAGCAGAAUCUGGAAAUCACUGUUGACUUAGCACCACUGACUCCUUACACAAUGUAUCUGCCCCGUACCGCUCCUUACAAAAUUGAGUUUCAAUUUCGCGAAGGAAAAUCCGCAAAGAGAUCGUGCCUGGUGAUUGAAACGCUCGGCACCACAGCAUGA